UCCGUGAAUUGCUUUCAGGAAUUUAGCAAACAGUGCAUUUAUUUUGUAGAAAAUAAGUAAAAUCAACGUAACAAAGGCAAGCAAUCCUAUUAUGAAACGUGUAAAUGUUUACAGAAACAAAGACGACAAAAAUGGAACACUCGUGGCUGUGGAAGACGAAGACAUACUAACUUUUAAAUCAAAAAUAGGAGAACAUUUUGAAACAGACGUAAACAGUUUACGCUUGUUUUCCUCAAACGGGUCAGAAAUUAAGGAUGUUCAAGUGCUUAGAGAUAACGAAAAUAUUUAUUUGUGUAAUAAUGGUAUGGGAGAUUCAAAAAGUUGUGAAAAUGUUGAGAAAUCAAUGCAAGACAUUAGUUUAUGUGAGCAGUCAAAACCAGGUAAAGCAGUCGAUGAUUGGGUUACUUUAAAUGUAGGUGGGAAACAUUUCACUACAUCUCGAGCGACACUAACUGCUAAAGAACCUUUGUCGAUGUUAGCAAGAAUGUUUGCUGAGGAUAAAAAUGUGUACUUAAUGAACCCAAGUGCAACAGAUUCUAUUGGAGCGUAUUUGAUAGACAGAAGUCCGGAGUAUUUUGAGCCUAUUCUGAAUUAUUUAAGGCAUGGAGCUGUGAUAUUAGAUAAGUAUGUUAACCCUAGAGGUGUGAUGGAAGAAGCAGUAUUUUAUGGUAUAGAUUCAAUGAUCCCACAACUAAACCAAUUGAUUGAGGAAUCAAGGAUCAGUUGCGGUAUCAACCAAGCAUUGACGCGGAUGGACGUUGUACGCUCUAUUAUAAUGACACCAACUUCAUCUGAGCUCCGGUUUCAAGGUGUCAACUUGAGUGGUGCAGACCUUAAUAGGCUGGAUCUGAGGUAUAUAAACUUCAAGUAUGCCUGUCUAUCCCGAUGCAACUUAAGCGGAGCUAACUUGUCUCAUUGCUGCUUGGAGCGCGCGGAUCUCUCACACGCAAAUCUUGAAGGGGCUCAGUUAUUGGGCCUCAAAGCAUUGUGUGCUAAUAUGGAAGGAGCCAACUUAAAAGGUUGUAAUAUGGAAGAUCCUGCGGGAUCUAGGGCUGUUAUGGAAGGUGUUAAUUUAAAAGGUGCCAACCUAGAAGGUAGCAAUAUGGCUGGCGUUAAUUUACGGGUGGCAACACUUAAGAAUGCCAACCUACAAAACUGUGAUCUUAGGGCUGCUGUCUUAGCUGGGGCAGAUUUGGAGUGUUGUGACUUAUCGGGCAGUGAUCUCCACGAAGCUAAUCUCCGCGGCGCCAAUCUGAAAGAUGCGGCGUUCGAACUCAUGCUUACACCGCUUCACAUGUCGCAAACCAUCAGAUAAUCGAUUUAUUAACGCUUUUAAUAAAUGUUUACGUUAAAACUA